CUGCUAACUACGGAAGGAAUAAGAAGGUAAGGACUCAACCUUAGCUGUGAUCUUUUAUAGCACACCCCUGAUACACGCUGGUGUGCUUGUGCUGCAGUUUAGAAUGCUGAUUCCUGGGUGGGUAGUUCCUACUCUUGCUUCCCUUGGUUUUAGCAGGUAUUUGUUUCUAGCUUCGGUAGUUAACCAACUAUUCCCUUUUCAGCACACUCUUUGGCGUGCGAUAAUACUAUAUGAAAUGAAAGUUGGCGAUUCCUUCUGCCAUAGUAGAGCUAAAGCCGCCGUAGCAGUUCAGUGUAUCAUAAGCACACUACUUUCUUUCUCUUUGUUUGAAGCCAACUUCAGCACACUCCUACCGAAGCAAGUUCCCUUAGCUGCCCUUCCUGUUUCCUCAGCUUUAAGUCCUCCUGUUCCGGCAGUUCACCUCUUCGUGUUCCGUCUAAUAGGGACAAAGCUUCUACGACAGCUUCCCCCUCAUGUAGUCGUCGGCCUUCCCCAGCCCCCCUUCGUCGCUUCCGGCGAAGCUGCGAGCCCUACCCUUCUCGAGCCUACUUAA